UUUUCUUAUUCCCCCUUCUCUCUCCUCCUACUCUCUCUCUCUCUCUCUCUUUCUUUCUCUCUCUCUUCUUCCUCCACCCCCUCGUCUCCCUUCCACCAUCAGGCUCUGGCCGGUCGCCAUCUCCCCCAUCCAUCCCCCUCGCCCUUCGUCUUCGCCUUGCUCUUGGCUUCCUCGGGGCAGGCAGGUGAAGGGGAAGGAGGAGGCAAGAGCCUGAUUUGAUCUGCUUGCUUUUGGGUUGCCGAGGAGAGGGAGAGGGAGAGGGGUUGGUGCCGUUGGAGGAGGCGUGCCUCUGUGUCUGUGUGCGCGCGGAGAUGGACCCCAAGUUCCCCACGCCCCCACCGCUAAACAAAACGGAGCCCACCACCGCGACGACCACCACCACCACCUCCACGACCGCGCAGCAGCAGCAGCAGCUGGAUCCCAAGGACUACCAGCACCAGCAGCCGGCGCAGCACCAGGAGCAGCAGCAGCAUCACCACCUGCAAAUCCAAAUCCACCAGCCGCAGCAGCAGGACGGGGGCGGCGGCGGGAAGGAGCAGCAGCAGCUGCUGCAGGUGGCGGCGCCGGCGGCGGAGCGGAGGGUCGCGCUCGCGCCCAAGCGGAGCUCCAACAAGGACCGCCACACCAAGGUCGACGGCCGGGGCCGCCGGAUCCGGAUGCCCGCGCUCUGCGCCGCUCGGAUCUUCCAGCUCACGCGGGAGCUCGGCCACAAGUCCGACGGCGAGACCGUGCAGUGGCUGCUGCAGCAGGCCGAGCCGGCCAUCAUCGCCGCCACCGGCACCGGCACCAUACCGGCGUCCGCGCUCGCCUCCGUCGCGCCCUCGCUCCCCUCGCCCAACUCGGGGCUCGCCAGGCCGCACCACCACCACCCGCACCACAUGUGGGCGCCGCCCACCGCGUCCGCUGGCUUCUCCUCGCCGGCCUUCUUGAAUUCCGCCGGUGCAGGCGCCGGCGACGCCGCUGGUAUCGGCGGCCUCAUGCAGCGGAUGGGGCUCCCAGCUGGCCUCGAGAUGCCGGCCGGGGGCGCCGCGGGGGGGACCCUCGGCGCCGGCGGUCACAUCGGCUUCGCGCCCAUGUUCGCCGGGCACGCCAUGCCGGGGCUCGAGCUUGGGCUCUCGCAGGAUGGCCACAUCGGGGUGCUCGCCGCGCACGCGCAGUCGAUCAGCCAGUUCUACCACCAGGUCGGAGCUGCCGGGGCCAGCGGCCAGCUGCAGCACCAGCACGAGCACCAGCAUCACCAUCACCAGCAGCAGGAGGACGGUGAGGACGACCGUGAGGACGGCGAGUCAGAUGAAGAGUCUGGGCAGUAGUGUAGCCGUUCAACCUUGCGUUUCUUUCUGGGUGUUCCUUGAAGAGGAGAGAAGGAGAGAAAAAGUGUAUGCACGCCGCACGCAGGACACGGGAUGCUUCUGCUACUCUUGGAUUCUUGUUCGUCGAGUUGUGAUGAAUUUUUAUGUUCAUUUUUUCACGUGUGAUAUCAAAACUCAAUGGAGGCCUUUUGCUCCGAGGACUUGCUGGAUCAAGAUCAUCCUGUGGUUCUUCCCACUAUUCUGUGGAUGAUCGCCCGGAGCCCUCUCCUCCGACUUCCAGAUGUAUGAUAGCUGAAAGCUGGAUGAAUUGGAUCAAUCGCCUUUGAGUGAGUGCCUUAUUUGUCAUUGCAAAGUGUGUAGAUAUUCAGGUAAUUUUGCUGUUAGAGAGGUGUUCUUUUAUCGGAGUGGUGAUCCUCUUUUUAAAACAAUUAAGGUAGUUGCUGGCAAUCCGAUCCUCCUCCAAAGACUGUUUCUGCAACGCAAAUACAACUCACAAUUCAAAUGCCGCAGUUACCCAUA